UCAGCGCUCGGCCCCGGGGCUGCACCGCUCCGGGCUCGGGUGGUUUCCCCCCUGUCGAGGUGAGGCGGGGCCGAGCCCCGCGGUCCCGAGGCCGGGCCCGGCUUUGGGCGCUCCCCGGGCAGCGCGGCGUGGGGCUGGCAGGCGGCUCGGGGGCAUCCCGGCAGCGAGCGCUCCCUGCGGCGGUGGGAAACGGCCCCGAAAGCUGCCCCCCGCCGCCAGUGGUCUGCUGAGCACAAGUGAAGGUCGUGGGGAUGGCAGCGGGGGAGGGAAUUCCGCCUCCCUGCGCUCCCGGGGUCGCUGCUGCCUGCGGAGGUUGGGGGGUGGCCGCAGCAGCACCUGCGGGGUGUUAUCAGAGGCGCCGUGGACUUUGUCUCGGGUGAAAGGAAACGGCUCGUCGCUGGGGAAAGUAGGAUCGGGAGAAGGUCUAAUUGCUGAGGCUUUGUAAAAUGGCUUUGCGCUUUCGCACUUUGUUCCCGUACGCCAUACCUGGAGUGCUGGCACUUCUUGGCUGCUGGUGGAUCUAUUCCUAUAGAAAAAAGCAUCCGAGCAAUCAUAACAGACAAGUGGUAGCCAUUGCAGAAGAGCAGCAGAAAGAACUGCCAGAGAAUGAUUCAUCACCCAAAACAGAAGCACGUGUUCCUCAAAGACUGCCUCUCUCCUCAGAAGAGGAACGCCCAGAGAACGAGACCUCGACCUCCCUGCUGCCGGCAGGGUCGAUGACACCCUCUCUUCUGCAUCAGUCUCACGAGGGGUUAGACUUCUCACGGGACCUUCCAGCCCCAGCAAUAACGACAACUCAGCCCAGCACCGUCAAGGACGACAGUGAAAAACUAGAAAUACUAGGAUCUCAAGAUGAAAGCAGUGUCCCUGCUUGUGUUUCUCUCCCUCUGGUCUCAAAGAGCUCCAAGUGUCACAGCAGUGCUGCAGUCAGCCCUGAACAGGAUUCAGGCUCUAGUUCAAACCAAGAUCAGCAGCCAUCGGCAUCUGUGACACUGACGCAGGAGUCUUUGGGAACCACGGAGGAGAUCAGCAAUGCAGAGCAGUCAGAUGAUUCUUCGUUUAAGCCCCCUAAGGAAAGCCAGAUGCCAGAAAUUGUGCUAUCGGAUGCUGGCCGUGUGACAGCCCUUCACUUGGGAUUGGAGGAGGAAGCCAAUACCCCACAAGCCUUUCUCAAUAAUGAAGUUGAAGUUGUAUCAGGUCACCAGGACUCCGCGAUUAGGAUGUUACCGGAUAGUUCAGAGUCUGCCUGUUUGGAGCAGUCCAGGGAAGAAAAGAUGUCCGAGUUGAGUGGCAGUACUGUACCUGUGUGUCAGGAGGACACGCAGCCCAAAGGAGAUGAAUUAGAAAGAGAGAGGAUCGGAGGAGUGAGUCUGGACAAGGAAGAAGUUGAGAAAAUUGAGCAAGUAGCAAUACAGAUCAUUUCUAAGGUCAUUUUGGCAGCAACUGAGGAAGUGCUGUCUGGUUCUGUAAGUGAUGUGUCCAGUCGGAUCUGCCAGGCUGCAGCCAGCCGAGUCGAGAGGCCUCUGGAGAGGGCAAGCACUGUUCCUUCUGAUCAGGUGCUUGCAGCAGAAGCUGUGGGAGGAGGUGAGAGCGCUGCUGCUAAGAGUGCUGUGGUGCUGACACCCACGCAGGUGGAGGAAUGUGAUCAGCGUGUGACAUGCUCCAGCUGUUUAACACACAGCUGUUUAUCCAGCCCUGUUCAGGGAGACACGAAAGAGUGUCAGGUAAAGGACUGUGUGCAUGGUGAGUCACAAGGAGUUGAUCGGACUCCUGUGGCAAGCCAUGGAGGGUCACUGGGAAAGUCAAACUUGGUUAUGGAGGACUCUGGGUGCAGCAUGUGUGCAUCUGAUGGUGCUACAAGUGCAGAGGACCCACUGCAGAACACAACACUGUCUGUCACAUCAGGCCAGCAUUCGGACUUACUGAGCACAUCUGCAGCCCAAGACACUUCUGUUGAGCAGAGCUCGGUACCAAGUGAAAAGCCUCCUACCCCGAAGCUCCCUGAAGACAGCAAAGUGCCAUACAGUAACGGGAUGCUGAAGGAAGAUGGGCCAGACCCGCGUCAGGACAGUAACUGGACAGCAGAGAUUGAUGGAGAUCACUCGGGAGGUUCGGAUGUAAAUAGCAUGGAUUCUGUGGACAGUGGCUGUGCCCUGGGGAAGACAGCAACUCGCCAGAACUCUAAGCCAGGAGGAGAAUCCAGCAAGUCUGACCUCACUAUCUGGGAAAUCGAGGUUCCAAAGCAUUUAGUUGGCCGCUUGAUUGGCAAACAAGGGAGGUACGUGAGCUUCUUGAAGCAAACAUCUGGUGCCAAAAUUUAUAUCUCAACACUACCUUAUUCCCAUGACUUCCAGAUCUGUCACAUUGAAGGUUCCCAGCAUGAUGUAGAAAAAGCACUGAGCCUUAUUGGCAAGAAGUUCAAAGAGCUAAGUCUUACCAACAUCUAUGCUCCACCUCCACCAUCGCUGACGCUUCAUUCCCUCCCUAUGACUUCCUGGUUGAUGCUCCCAGAUGGAGUCACUGUAGAAGUGGUUGUGGCUAACCAAGUCAAUGCAGGACACAUGUUUCUACAGCAACAUACGCACCCCACUUUCCAUGUCCUGCGUAGCCUGGACCAGCAGAUGUAUGUCUGCUAUUCUCAACCUGGAAUUCCAACCCUGCCAACACCUGUAGAAGUUGGUAUUAUCUGCGCAGCUCCAGGCCUGGAUGGGGCAUGGUGGCGGGCUCAAGUUGUUGGCUACAUCAAAGAGAGCAGCGAAGUGGAGAUCAGAUACGUGGACUAUGGAGGAUAUGAUAGAGUGAAGAUUGACACACUCAGACAAAUCAGGUCUGAUUUUGUAACACUACCUUUCCAAGGAGCAGAAGUUUUACUAGACAACGUGGUGCCACUUCCAGACGAGGAUCACUUUUCAUCAGAAGCUGAUGCCGCUGUUAGUGAGAUGACCAGAGGGGCAGCACUACUGGCGCAGGUCACAAAUUAUGACAAUGCAACAGGUCUGCCACUAAUACAGUUGUGGAGUAUGAUGGGAGAUGAGGUGGUGUCGAUAAACAGAACUCUGGUGGAAAGAGGAUUUGCUCAGUGGGUUGACAACUACUAGCAAUGUCCUAGAUGCCUCGACAACCUUUUCCUAACAGGGAAAAAAAAAUCCUGUUUUGCACUGUUACAAUUCGGUUUGGCAACCUCUUACAGGAAGAUCUGUUUACACCUGCAUACAGAGUUUUGUGGUCCAUUGAAACUUGUUUUGCUCAACUGUUACCAUUUCACUAGAAACACAUACCUCAUCUCAGUGAAAGGCAGGGUCUUAAAAGCCAUAAUGAGAGAUACUGUAGCUUUAAAGCAAAAAAUCCUCCCUGGCCUCUAUUCAAAAAUUGAAUGGAAAAAAACUCAUAGAACCCUGGGGCUUGCUUGAAGUUAGCAAAUGCCCCUGAAAUAUUAACUGUGAUUGCAUUCUUGUUGAAGAUGUAUAAUACCCCAUGAAGCUGAUGUCUGCUUUUCCAAAAAGUUACAUUGGUUGUCCUUCUUUUAACAGGCUCUGCCUGUGAAAUUAAUGAAUGUUAUUAAGGAAAUUAAUAUUCAGUAAUGGAUUUUCUAUAUCAUGCCACUGAUGUGCACAAACUGCAUUCAUCUUGUAUCUUCUUGAUGCCAGGAGGUUGAUGAAUCGCAUUUGUUGCGCUUACUGUGGCACAUGUCUCACUGCAGUCAUGUUUUUUAUGCUUGAUAUGCUUAACGAAGAAGGCUUCUCUGUGCAGAUGCUUGAAGUGCAGGAUAUGCUACCACUAUGAUUUUGCUCUUGAAAUAUCAUGUAUUUAAAGAAAAGAACUGAUUGCCAAGCCCAAUUGUAAUUUGUAUUUUUCUAGCUGUGCAAGUCUGUAAAUAUAUAUAAAAACAUUGUAAUAUUUUGUACAAGAAAAACACUGGAAACAAAGGGAACUUUACAGAAACUUUUUUUCACACCAAAAUGUCCUAUGUAGGUAGAACUGGUUUGGAGUGCAUUAGGGUAGCCAACAUAUAUGGAGCAUCCGAAUGGGGGAGUGUUUCUGCUCUGCUGUAUACAGGAUUAGCAUUCCCUUAAAUUGCUGUCUGGUUUGAAUUGUGAUCACUGCAUUCUUUGCUAUGUUACUGUACAGAUCUCUUUUUAAAAAAAAAAAAGUAACAAUUUGGCAUUAAUAUUGCAGUGGUGUUCUCUCAAUUUUUUUUGCUCCUUUUUAGAUUUCUAUCCCAAACUUAAAAUUUUGCUCGAGUAAUUUAAGCUGACUUAAUACUCUUAAACAUAUGCCCUCUAAUGUAUAUCAUUUUAGAUAUGUAUUGAGCUGGGAUUUAUGGCUGGCGGAGAAGAUACUUGCCAGGAAAAUGAUGUAGUCAGGCCUCCACCUUUUUCAGGUGGAUUCAAGGAUGCCUUUACAUCCUGUGAGCUAACGCAUCAGUACAUCAUAUGUUUGGAUAGCUGCCUACAAAAGCAUUUGGUCCGAUCCCUUCUGAUAUGGUAUGAUUAUAUCCUUUUUUUGAGUUCUCUAUUUGGCGCUUAUGAUUUAAUGUUCAUGUUUGCAAUAAUGUCCAAUGAAAACUAAAUUUGGUAACUCAGUUAAAUCUAUAAAACAUAUAUCCUUUCGGAAUGUUUAUUUUCCAUUUCAAUUAAAGCUCGAAUUUUAAGCUGUCUUAAUCAA